CUACUCUAGUUCAAACACACACUAGGAACACUAAGCACUCAUGUGUGCUGCAGUAGAGAGGAUGAUUCCAGAUUUCUUCACCCGAAACCCAAGAGAAAUCUCAUAAAAGCUUUUGAAAGGCUAAGGGAAUUAUAUCCGAGUUCUUCGCCAUGGCUUCCGUCAAGCAAGCUUAGUUUCAGAAUGAAAAUCAAAGUAUCCGGCUUUCUUAUCGCUCCAUCCUCUUGCCUUUGAAAAUGCGAAAGCAAAGCUCCUAUUUUAUCAGUUCAAGGUAUGGCUAUGGCGAUAAGUGGCCUGCAUUUUCGAGCAGUGGCAGUGGCAGCACACUCUAGUUCAAACACUAGCAACACUUGCAACUCGAGAAGCACUCGUGUUUGCUGCAGUAGAGAGGAUGAUUCCAGAUUUCUUCGAAGAGAAGCAGCAGCAAGGGUGGUGCUUGCUACCAUUUUCUGCAAUUCAGCACCCUCGUUUUUGAGUUCUUGGGCUGUAGCUGCGGAGGAGGAGCCAAAGCUGACGGUUUUGGAUUCAGGGCUUGGAUUCUGUGACACAAGAGUUGGAGUGGGAAAUCCUGGUGUCAAUGGCAGCUAUGUCAAGGUUCACUACACAGGCAAGCGUGAGGAUGGAACUCAGUUUGAGAGCAGCUACACAUUCAACAGGCCGCUUGAAUUCAGACUUGGAGUUGGAGAGGUGAUUGAUGGAUGGGAUCGAGGAAUUCUUGGAGGAAAUGGCAUACCUCCCAUGCAACCAGGUGGUAGGAGAUUGUUGCAGAUUCCAGCGAGCAUGGCGUUCGGCGAGGAAGGCGUGGGGUGCAAGAAAGGAAAGCCGCUCCUGACGCUGCUGAAGAGCUACUUCAACCCCGGCAAGAGCUCCAAUCCACCAGCAAAGCCCACUGCCCCAAGUUGCUUCAUCGCUCCAAACGCAACUCUGUUUUUCGAUGUGGAGCUGCUCGAGGCCUUCGAGCUCCCCAAGAGCAGCAAGGACGUGAAGAAGAAAAGGCGCUAAAAACGAAAAGGUCUUGCUUUUCUUCUUCGUAUUCUUGCCGAGCACGAGGCAGGCUACGCGUCAUUUGUUUGCUCGUGCCUUGCCACAUCGUACUUUUGCCGGAGCUGCUUUGUUGGAAUGUAGUCACCAGCGGAAUCCAUUCCAAAGAACAGGAAAUAGAUGUAUGGAUGAUCCAAAGCUUCCUGAGAACCAUAUGUGAAAAAAAACAUAUAAAAAAGGAGUUUUUCUUA